GCAAGAAUAAAUAACAGAGUGCCCAAUCUUCAGUAAACUUCACAGAAUAUUUUUAUAAUAUGUUACUUCUUGAAACAUAGAAGCAUUCAUGAUCUCAUGAAAUAGAUUAUUGUUCUAUUAAGAUGAAUUUUCUACAUCAUCUUGUAAAAAUAUAAAUAUCAGAAAAAAGUUCACUGCUAAAAUAUCGGCUGAAGUGCGACCACUAUCAGCUGUUGUUGGCGCAUUUGUAACAUAUGUUAUUUUCCAAGUUCAAGGAUGGUAAACAAAAAACAAUACAACACACUACACCAGACAUUACAAAAUGUGGUCAUGACAAUGAUUAAUUUUUAAAGUAUUAAUAAAAAAUAUAUAGAAUGUUUUUUCCAGUUUGGUUGAGUUCAAAUUUACUCUCUGUAAGCCUUGUUUGUUUCGGAAGUUAUUUUCUCCAUAAAGUUGAUGCUAGCGCAGACGUAAAUGAAGGAUUGGCAAAAGGGUUUGGAGAACAAAUAGCAUGGAAGACUCUCGACAAAGGUUUGGAUGAAGCCAAGUCAAAACAGUUGCCAGUUAUGUUGAUUAUACAUAAAAGCUGGUGUGGAGCAUGUAAAGCGUUGAAACCACAGUUCGCCAGUUCAAAAGAAAUCCAUAAACUGAGCGAACAUUUGAUCAUGGUGAACACUGGUGAUGACGACGAGCCGAAAGAGAAAAAGUAUGCUCCUGAUGGCGCUUACUUCCCCAGAAUCCUGUUUCUUGGUCCAAAUGGCGAGGUAUUGACUGAGUAUUUCAACGAGCAGGGACAUCCACAGUACAAAUACUACUAUUCAAAUCCUGAGAGUAUAGCUUUUACAAUGAAGAAAGUUGUUACCAAUUCGCCAAAAAGAUUUAAAGUGCCUGAUGAAUUGUAACUUUAAGUUGUUUUCAACCCUUGUUAUUUCUUAAAAUCCUGUAUUUAAAAGUGAAUUAAACUAAAUUCCGACACAUUUAGCAUAAUUUAUCAAUAACUUUAUUUGUGUGAACUGUAAAAGAACGUCCUUUUGAAAACUGAGAUAAAUUUAUACCUUAUUUACAGAAUGCUAGAGGAUAGCCUCUGCUUGUACUUGUACUAUUAAGUAGUGUGAAUACAUUAAAUAAUCCAACAUUUUGUGAAUGAUAGAUUGAACAGAGAAUGCAUGAGAAAUAAUACCUGUUAUGUUGAGGUUCAUAAAUAUGCAAAGCUUAAUUUAUGAUUCAAUAGCAUUCUUGAAUACACUUCAAGAAUGCACUCUUGGUAAAGAGAACCAAAUAGGAAUGACGUUUUAUUGUUAGUCUCUUACACUAUCAUUGCAAUUCUAUAAACACCUUAUAUCAAAAUAUUCAAAUUAAACAAUACAACUUUUUGUGUAGUUGAGAAGUUGAUAUUGUGGUAAUUAUUCAUAUUGAAUGAAAAAGACUAAGAAACUGUCAAAAAACCACUGAUUUAUUGAUAAUUAGAACCGGUUUCGGUUAUUACACCAUUGUCGAUCUCUGAUAAACUAAGUUAUAAACUAAUUUUAUAAACUAAGUUUUUAUGUAAUAUUUAUGUAUAAAUUCUUAUAAACUAAGUUUAUCAGAGAUUGACAAUGGUGUAAUAACCGAAACCGGUAUUUCUAAUUAUCAAUAAAUCAGUGGUUUUUGACAAUUUCUUAGUCUUUUUCAUUCAAAACAAUACAACAUAUAAAGUCGGACGGGCAAACGAGAGUUGAGGCAUUACAGGGUUGCCUCAAAUAUUCUGUGGCUAUUUUUCCUUACCAAUCUGAGUGUUUUUACCUUACUUUUGAACUGUUCCUGUUUGUUUUCACAAAUAAGAAAUAAAGUCAUUUUUAUAUCAUGUU